AGAACCAGUGACAAGAGGUAACAAAAGAAAAUAUGGCUGAUAACACAAAACUUGUCGAAGGUAUGUUAACGUCUAUUCCCUGUUUUUAAUGUCACGCGAUAAAAAAUUAAAAUGAAAACCGUUCAAUCAGGAAAGUCCAGAAUCUGGGAAAUGCUUUGCCGAGAUCGGCCAGAAUUAGGUUUGUAGGAUAUAUAUGCGAGAUAGUCGGAAAAACUCAUGAAAGUAGAACCUAAGAAGAACGGAUAGUUUCUUAGUCUGAAUUUCGGUGACGUCAUGUAAAAACAGACAAUUAUCUCGGCGGGUGCCCACCUUAGUAUAGAACGCAAUUUAGAUUAUAAGAAAUCAGUCAAAACUUUCCCAACGGUGUCCUCAGAGACAGCAUUAACAAAGACGGAAAAAGAAUUUGGUAUUUAGGAGCGAAAACGGGUACGGUAUUAUUCAAGCAAACCGCCCAGGUGAUUUAGCUACAACGUUUUACAUAACUUUAGCAACCAAAUCACAUGACUGCGCUUGCAAUUUUGACUGGACUGUUCUGUAUUACGUCGCUUGGUAGUUGAACCCGUCCACAGCAACAAGAUAGGAACUACCACAGCAAUGACCAAUGAGUCUAUUAAUCAAUAUAUAUAAAUUAUGUACAUUUUUCAACGUAGAUGAUAUUUUAUUAUUAAAUUAUUUUCCACUAACAAAUUAUGUCCCUCUUGAAGAUGAAGUGUCGCCCCCACCAUAUCCAGCACAACAAGUUAACUUGCCUGCUCAGUCAGGUUAUUCAGCUCAGCCUGGUUACUCAGCCCAGCCUGGUUACCCAGCCCAGCCUGGUUACCCAGCCCAGCCCGGUUACCCUGCCCAGCCUGGUUACCCACAGCAACCAUAUAAUGCACAGCCGGGGUACCCAGGCCCUCAGCCUUUUACUGGACAACCCAUGGGUUAUCCACAACCGUACCCAGUGACGCAGCAAAGUUCAACAACGGUGGUUAUGCAGGUACGGUUUUUAAAUAAUAUUGUAUGGGUGCAGUUGAGGGGAAUGCUUAGAUCAUAAGAACUAAAGAGGUAUUAAUUUGAUGACGUCAUGAGCGUGCCCAAUGGAAAUAGGAAGAAAGCUCCUGCUAUGAAUUUUUUCUUGCGAAUAUUCUAGUUUUGUUGUAAUUCCUUAUGACAUGAAGAUGUCAGGAAGAAAGUUUCGCAUCCGUUAAACGCAGCUGGGUAGGGUGUGUUAUAUAGCUUCUUAAACGAAUGAUUUCGCUUCGAUUUUUAUUUAUCUAAUUUUUUUUCGCGAAAUAUUUAAGGAGCUUAAAAAAGGAUGCCACAGAAACAUCGAAUAAAAGAAGCAAGGCUGAUUUUACAGUCGGGAAUAUACAUUUUUUGUUACCAAUAUUUCGCAAGGCACGGCCUUCCUUCUUCAGGGUCUUACAUACAAUAUUGGUGACAAAAAAUAUAUAUUCGGGACUGUAAAAUCAGCCAUGCUUCUUUUGUUCGAUAUUUCAACUUAUAGCUGAUGAGAUUCAGUUUAUUAGGAUCGGGUCCUUCUUUUUUGUAACGUUGGUCUUUGCUUCCGAAAUUCAAUGCACGUUCAGACGUAGUAAUUUUCCAAUAAAAUCGGUAACAGCUAAUCUUUAGUUGAAUGUAGGAAUCUUGUGAUUGAAAUAAUACUAAUUGCUUCUCCAUUGUAUUUCAUUUAUUAGCCCAGCCAAACAGUCAUCUUGCCGAUGACUCCUCGUCCACAGAACUGGCUGGCCUUGUCCAUUUUGACCUGUUUGUUCUGUUCCUGCCCGAUCGGGUUAGCCGCCAUUGUCUUCAGUAGCAUGGUAAGUCUGUCAUUCUUUUUACGUGAAAAGUCGGUUGCUAUGGGUAAGUUAAGACGUCAUCAGUGGCAAAAGUUCGACCAUUUUUUUUAGCAUAACUACGCGCUCUUUUUGCACUUUUUCUCUAAAAUAAGCAAACAAUCAAAGCAAAAGUAACAAAAACGACAUAAAAAUUAUCAAAAGCGUAAAAUGUUUCAUUAAAUGAUCAUUCACCUCAAGUGUGACAUACGCCUUGUUUUUUCCCAAUUUUUUAACUUGAAAUGUGAGUUUUCGGUAAAUGUUCAAACGGUGGCGGCCGUUUUGAAUACUUGUCAUUGCUGGGUCUGUGUGACACUUGAGAUUAACGAGACGAAUGAGUAUAAUAUCUAUAAAAGUGCUAUUCAGCUUUCCUCGUUCCAUUCUUCUUGCGGGAUUGCGUUUCCGCUGCCAAAAAUUUUCCCUGAAAUCGUAAAGUGAGCCUGCUCGCAGGUUAUCAAACAUUUUGACGCCAUCUCUCUUCAGAAAUCCAGCUCAACCGCCUAAGCCAAUGUAACAUUAAUGUGACAUUAAUCCUACCCUGUUAUUUUUGGAUCGCUAAGUUUUCCUUCUUUGCAUUUUCUCUUUUUUCCUUUUUUUCGAAGGCUUAUUGAUCACUCCUCAUACGUUCUUGACUAGUAAUUAUAUUUCAUACGUCCUGUUUUUUGUACGGUAUUUACCAUUUGGCGAAAUCUUUCACAACAAUUUCAGUUUUAAAUGAUCUUUAGAAUCCCUCCUCUCCUCUGUCUGUUUCGUACCUUGCCUUGCAAAGUUGUGUUAUGUCCGUUUUCUGACCUCGAUAUCUACUAUUAUCAUUAUUAUUUCCAGGUGGAUAGUGCAUAUGAUGGAGGUGAUUACGAAGGCGCAAGACGAAACUCAAGAAUUGCUAUGUGGUUGAAUAUCUCCUCUCUUCUCUGUGGCGUGGGCUUGUUCGUUUUUAUCGUCAUUUAUUUCGCCACAAUAUAACUGCCUAGUGCUUUUACCAACUGGACACAAAAAGUCGUCUGCGUUUUUUAUACAGUACUUUAACAAGGAGAUGAAGUAGUUUUAACCUUGGCUUUGUCGUGUUAAAUUACCUUAAGCUUUAUAAGUAAUGCUCGUUUGUUUGUUUUUGGAACGAAAUCUCAACUAGAAUUCGUAAUCAUAUCAAGUGAUUUACUGGGCGGGCUAUGACAGUUUACGCGGGUGGGCCACACUCCCCUCCUGCACGCGCGCGCGUCCUCGAUAUUCUCCUUUCGCCCUAAAACAAAACCAGCACCUGUUACGUAUAGGCUAGGCCCGUAAGACAGUUUGUAAUUAGCUGGGACUGUGUUUAUAAGGAAGUGUCCUCCGUUUUGUAUAACGCUAUGAAACUGGAUCGAAAAAAACAGUACUUAAAGCCAGCUGCGUGACAAAGCAAAAUGUCUCCUAUAAGCGUUAAAAUGGUCUAGCCAGAAUGCGGAAGUAACUCCGUGUGCCAUAAUUGUAUAUUCUUCUCUUAGCUUUGGAAAUCGAAAAAGGUACCGCGGGCUCGACAAAAUGCUCCUGUAGAGUGACAUCAAACGACUUCCAUUCCAAAUCCAUGUCAAUUCUUGCCAUCUGUAGCAUAGCAACAGACGACACGAAAAACAGUUUCUGUGCCUAAAUUUACUCUUAAACAGCAAAACUGUAACAUUAAUUUUGGAAUUCAAUUGAUACGAACACAACUAUCAAAGCUUUUUGAAAAGAUAGAAAAUAACGCAACAUGGAUCCUUACUGACAUGGCUCACACAAGGAGCAAUUUAGAAUAUUUUGCAAUUCAAAUUUACUUGCGUGCAGAUCAAUUUCCGGACAAAGCUCAGCAUCCAAUCAGCUUCUUCUACUGGGUCAUAGUGCAUAACAUUAUUGCGUCAACACGUAAAGAGUUAUUUCAUAGUUUCCUCCUUUCCCAGUUGAAUUCAUUAGUUUCUCAAAGAUCUGGGUGUGAUUUCCAAGCCGGACUUUUGACUAAGGUAAGGAGACAUUGCUUCAAUGUCACAGACAGCACGUUUGUGGUUGUUUAAUGUAUUAGUCUAUUUGUUAAUUUACCACAAAGGGUUCAUUUACGUAGCCUUCGUCGGUCGACUGCGCAAGCAAAAGCUUAUACCCGUGCUAAGAAUUGUUAUUCAAAUUUACGUUUAAGUUCAGUGCUAUAGAUGACUUAAAUAAGAGCUAAGACAAGCAGGAAAUCUUUAGGUUUUUCUGUAUUAAAGUAUUCAUUCAUGAAAUAAACACUUGUUCGAUUGAGUCACAGUAGACCACGUUCGCGAACAUUCCGUGUCUCGUUAUUAUCCAGUGAUUAGUUACGAUCAGUUUCAUUUCGAUGUAAACCUCCUCUUUUUUGGUUGGUGGAAUUCAUCUGGGAAGAGCUUAGGGUAAGAAGAAGGGGUUGUUUUGAUACCACAGAAAACGAGUCCUUGUUUUUGUUAUCUUGGUUGUAAUUCUGAAUCUAUUAAAUAGCUUUGUCAUGUCUUCUAGUGCCUUCAUGAAUGCGGGUUCAUUCCUUUAUUUUUUUCAGUUUCAAUGUUCCGUUGAGUAGACAACAAAGUACUCAUAUCCUAAUUGUAGCGUAAAAAGAAACCAUCUUAUUUAUAUGCGCAUGCCUGCAUUCUCCUCGUUAACCAAACUGAAUAAUAAGCCUUCCUUUGGUGGUCCUGUAAAUGUGUAUGGUCCGUCUGCUAUUAUUAGGGAGCUUUAAGCAACGGUGUUUUUGAGCGACGGACGUCAACCGGAAGUGGACUUUUUCAAUCACUGGGCAGUGGUUUGGUUCAAAUUCUCGGGUAAAUCGUCUUAAUAAGAGAAAAGAAACUUAGCAAUACAAAUUUGUUAGCGCCAAGGCAGAUAAAAAGGGAGAAGGCCUCACUUCCGGUUGACGUGCAUCGCUCAAAAACGUCUUUGCUUAAGCUCCCUAAUAUUAGACUUGGACCAACUUGACGCUCCGAGUUCCAAUCAUUGGACCAAAUUUAGGUGAAAAUAAUGAAAAUAAUAACCUCUUCUUACUGUAAACAGAAGAGAAAAGGAAUGAAAGGUCACGUUACCGACAGAUUAAUCUGUAUCGUUUCGUUCAAAAUUAAGUAGAUUCCUUCUUGUGAUCUUUGGCUUGUUUGCUUUCGUCCGCUUUUAUUAAUUGAAGUCGAUUUUCUUUUCGUGCACGUGUGUUUCGAUGCUUUAGUCCGCCAAGUCAAUAAUAACUUUUUACUGGCAAAAUUCCACCGCAGUAUAUAAAAGUUGAUUACCAUUGGGAGUCAGUCUGAUUGGGAGUUAUGAAAGAAGUUUUUGUUGUUUCUGUAACUGUCAAAUUAACCGAAUUGCAAUGCACCAGCUAAAAUUGAUCGAGGUGCUUUCUCAGUGAUGGCUACACAUUUUACAACGCGGAAACGCCGUGUGCCGAGCUACCGGUAAAUGCUUUCUGCCUAUAAGUGCGGAUAUAGGUUCUGAGACGUCAUAAAUUUCUGCGAGAUGUUGUUGAAGUAGAAGACCCUUGGUAACUAUAAUCUUUCUGAGGACUUAACGAUCGGUAUGGUCUGCGUUCUUAACUGUAAAGGCUUUUUAUUAGGGCUAUUCGACCCUCUGUAGCUCAAUCCAAUACUUGUGCUAUUUUUUCGCAUUGUUUCGGUAUUGAUUUUGCGCUUUUAAGACUGUCAGCUGAAAUCAGGAUUGAAAUAUAAGUUUCCGUUCGAGAUAUCGCAAUAAGGACGCAACGUGAUUAAGAUGGCGCUUUUCAAAAUGCCAUUCAAAGUGAUCCAGGACGAAUAUAAUUUCUACUGUCGUUCAACUAUUGUAACCUCACCUGGGCAUCUACAUAUGCCUCCUACCUUGAACCCCUCUAUCUACUCCAAAAGAAAGCCAUUCGAAUGAUCACCUCCACCUCCACCUCCACGAACUCGUUCUAAGCCUCUUUUCUCGAAGCUUAAGAGCCAAUGUCUGUAAUUUUCGAGAAUCGGUUGACAGUCGUGAAUUUUUGAAUUUCUUCAUAUUUCGCCCAAAUAAUCUCUAUAGUACACUAAUUUCAAAAAUCACGUUAAAACUUGUAACUGCUUUUUAUUUUUUCAGGAAUCAGGCAAAGUUUGAUAAACUCUAAAUCGGCGCUCUUUCGAGUAUGAAAUUAGCGAAAAUUGAGCAUUUUCUUCGCGCUCGUACAUAAAUACAGAAUGAUAUCUCUAGAUGAAAUCAAGUCACAAAACAGACACACAUUUUUACUUUAUAAUUCAGCAAUUAACUUUAAAUAAACCGUUUAAAUGUGACUGUACCGGCCGCAAGAAGAAACACGGUUUCAGCACUUUUCAAAAAUGACAAAUUUGACCUAACUUCACCAUCGUAAAAACCCAGUUGGUACAUAGAAAUUCAAUAUGAAACAAGAACUGUAUUGAAGCAUAUCCUUUGCUGUUGUUUGUGUUAAAAUAUUUCUGGCGGCAUUUCAAAUGCGCACCUUCGAGAGACCAAAACCUGAACAGUAUUUUGACUCCAGGAAAGCACGUGCAACAAGCAAGUUUCGACGCUUGGAAUAUUAAUCCUUCGCAAACAUAAGUUACUUCGACAUUUAAACCCUAGUCAGAGUUGUAACGGUUUCAGAUUAUAUUUCGGCGUUUCUGCUCGGUUUAACAUGAUUCCUUUCAGCUGAUUUUUGCGAUAAACCAUAAUGAAGAGACACGAAUACGCAGUUCAAAUCACAGUUAGGAGGGGGGAAUAUUGUCGAAAUACUCGCUUGCUAUAGUUUUAAUCGUAUUGAAACCUUGAAAUCAGAAAAGUUAUUUACUUACCUGAACUUAAAUGCUACACGGGUUCACAGUACCGCUGAUUAAAUUCUGCAUCACGGCAGAAUCAAAGUUAAGUUUGUAUAUGUUUUCAAUCUGUCAACAUGAGGGAAGAUGACAUUCCGGAAGUGCGUGACGCGUAACGCGCCGGAAAAGAAAUUCCUGGUAUAUAAAGUGUUUUACGGUGCAAGUCAUUGUUGUAUGUUCUUAUAGCAUCUCGCACAUAUUCAAACUUGGUUUGUGGCGCCUGUGGCCCCAGUAAUGCUGAAUUUAUUGCGAUCAUAGAAAAGAUGUCGUGAGUCACUUGGUAUGCUCCUGACUUGUUAGUCACGUGAGUAUGUAGGGCAAUAACCAAACAUCGACCCUAUCAUGUAGGCCUUUCCCGAUUGCGCUGAGCACCUUUUGAGCACUUUUUUGAGUUUGGAGCACUAUUUUACAUUUUGAGCACCCUUAAGCACUUGUUUGCACUUUGGGCAACAUUUGAGCAAUAUUUCACAUUUCGAGCAAAUUUCGAGCAACAUAUGUCUUCUAAAACAUUUUAAAGCAAAAACUGUGUGUCGCUCGCAACGAGAACCGUGUUCCAGGUCAUAAAUUUGAAUAACUAAUGAUGUUGUCAAGAAUAAAAGACCGUUGACAUGGAAAGGCACGUGGACUUAUCCUUACUGAGCGUGAGAACAGAAGUUUCUGAUUGGCUGAUGUAUCAUGCGUGUGUCAUCUCAAAUUUCUACAUCUGAUGUCUAGGCUUUGUACUAGUACGAGUACUGCUGAAUUUAUUUACAAUUCGUAACCGGCUUUAGUUUUUUAAAAAUAUUAUUGUUCUAUAUUCUAUCAACCUUUCGUAACAACCUGUCGAAUAACACUACGCAAAAUAGAUUGUUAAUUACUUGAGUAAAAAUUGACAUAUUUACGAAAAGCUUAGAGGUAACUUUUCACAACUUUUAGCACUUUUUGAGCACUAUUCUGAGAUUUUGAGCACUUUUUGAGCACUUUUUAGCCAUUUUUGCCAGCACUUUUUUAGGAUUUUUCGAGAGCAAUCGGGAAAGGCCUACUACCAUGUUAAUGAUACAAGUAAGGUUUUCUGCAUUUACGUUAAGUGGUCUUUGUUUGAUCCACAAAAAUUGGCGCAUGACUGAAAUAAGAGUUUUUCCACAUCACCGCUAAAUGUUUGGUUCCGGGUGGCGGUGCAACAAAUCACGUGGUACCGUUCUAGAUCAGCCUACUGGCUGCUCAUAGAGGGGUCCAUAAAGGCACAUCGAUUGAUGACUCUGUAAGGCCUGAAGAAAAUAAUAUACGCAGACGUUUCGGCUGAGCGACGAAGGUGCAGCUUUUACACUCUUUUUUCGUUUCGGAAAAAGACGAGCACGCGAGAGGUCUCAGGUGACUAUGCUAACGUCAUGAAAAGUCUACUUAGCUUGUUUAAGUUUAGGGCAGGAGGAAGAGAUGGGUGGGUUGGUUGGCAUUGGGUUCUCCAUUAGGAUCAACCCUACACAUACAAAAAUUCAUGUCUUGAUCACUACAUUUAGAGCUAGUAGACUUUGUUUGAUCCACAAAAUUCGCGCAUAAAAAUAAAAGUUUUUCCUCGUCACCGCUAAAUGCUUGGUUCCGGGUGGCGGAGCACAAAUCACGUUGUAGCGUUCCAGAACAGCCUACUGGCUGCUCAUUUAAAAGGGGUCCGUAAAGGCACAUUAAUUGAUGACUCUGUGCGGCCUGAAGAAAAUUAUAUACGCAGACGUUUUCUGAGCGACGAAGUUGCUGCCUUUACACUUUUUUUUCUUUUCGGAAAGGGCCACUAACCUCUCUCCUUGCUCCUAGCCGCUAGGCGGUCGUUUUUGCCUGAGAGAUACCACUACGAAGGGGUUUUAGCACGCAAGUCACUACUGGUGCAGACCUAGGAAAAGGGCAUUCUCCAUCUGAAAUUUAAAUAGAAAUGAAAGGCUAUUUUGAGCCUUUUCUCUCUUUUCUCCGCAACGUAUUUGGUUAAAAGAUAGUAAGUAAAAUGGCUGAGGCAUUUUAAAGCAUUUUUUCAUUUACGCGACGGAUUUUGGCGUUAUGAAAAUAAACUUGUCAGUGAAUUGGUUUAUUUUCUAGCGUGCGAACAAGUGCCGGGGGGUGGUGGCGGAUAGAGCCAGGUGACUGUUCCCUUUUUUAGGUAGGAGCUAGCAGUACGUGCAUUCUGGCCCAAGGCCAAACUGUGUAGACUGGCCUUUAAGGGCCUCUGUUCGGGGGUGUGGGAUCAGAUAAAGUACAAUUCGUCAACAGCAGGUUGAGGUCUCGCCAGAAGAUGCCCUUGCUGCAGAGGAGCAAAGCAAUACCUUUCAGUAAUUUAGACAAGUUAAAUACUUGUAUUUCGCUUAUCAAAUGUGUCCAUUGUCCAUUGUCGAUUUGUGGUUUUUCAGGAACGUUCUUUUGCGGAGCAUUGGCCAAUUUUCCUUAAACAGUUUUACUCGUUUCCAUUUCCCUGCUCUACCUUCAUGUGGUAUAUGGCGUACGUGUGUACCUAAACCACUCAAUUCAUACAGAGGUGAUCGAUAGAGAGGUCUGUACGCCAAGCGGGGUUAAGAUUAGUUUAUCACAAGCAAAGGCUCAAAAGGUUAAGUGCAAAUAAAAGAAAACUAGUGUGAAAAGUUUUGCAGACUCGGCUUAGUAACUCUAUUUGUUUUCUUUCUCUAUUUGAGUUUCGGCUGGUACAUCCUAAAAUCAAGUUUAGUUCCACAUGUUUUGGAGAAUAUAAAAUAUAAAACUAAAAAAAAAACAGUGUUAAUUGUCAUUUUAUUUUUUCUUGUACACUCGUGCGACGAUUCAUCCUUUUCUGUACGGUUGCGUGACCCGACUCAGAUCACACACCGGCUUUCAUCACGCAACACAGCAUUAAGUCCGAGGCUAAACGACGGAAGAUUUCAGUAAACUGCGGCCACUUGCAGUUGAAACGACUGUGGUAAGUAAAUUCUUAGAGAUCUCGAAUCCCAUUUAGAGCUAGCACGCCGUUUCUAGCGGCUUUAUUUUAGGUGCAGAAACUCAAGGUCAAUAUUUACACUCAAUGAGGACUUAAUCUGAGCGUCGUCUUUUUCAGCUACUUGCGUGCAAUCAAAUGCAGUGUUAAUCUACUUAGUUUUUUUUUGUAACCAUCAAAUUGAAAAGCGUUUUUCAAAAGAUUUUAAGAGCUUCCCGUAAUGUGCCCCUUGUAAAAGAAGCUAAGUUUGCAAAAACUUUUGGGUGCCUACAGUCGCGGCUAGCUUGUUUGAGCGUUCCAACGUGCGAAACUACCCUGCACGUUUCGGUAUCUCAGCGACGCACUUUUGUAAUGCCGCCAAAAAUUUUUUAACACAAGAAACGGCAAAGGAUGUGCUUUAAAAUAGUGUUUGUUUCAUGUUGAAAUUCCAUGUAUCAAUUGUUUUUUUCAAUGGUGAAGUUAGGUCAAACUUGUCAUUUUUGAAAAGAGCCGAAAUCGUGUUUCUUCUUGCGGCCGACACAGCCACAUUUAAGCAGCUUAUCUAAAGAUAAUUGCUGAAUUAUAAAGCACAAGUCUGUGUUUGCUUUGUGACUUGAUUUCAUGUAGAGAUAUCAUCACGUUUUUAUGUACGAGCGCGAAGAAAAUGCUUAAUUUUCGCUAAUUUCAUACUCGAAAGAGCGCCGAUUUAGCGUUUUUCAAACUUUGCCCGAUUCAGGAAAAAAUAAAAAGCCGUUACAAGUUUUAAUGUGAUUUUUGAAAUAAGUGUACUAUAGAGAUCAUUUGGGCAAAAUAUGAAGAAAUUCAAAAAUUCACGACUGUCAACCGAUUCUCGAAAAUUACAGACAUUGGCUCUUAAUAUUCUUUCUCUCCAUUCACUUUAUAAAUUUCAUGUUUCUUGUUUUGUAUUCUCACACUUUAAUCGCCUUUUACCUGCCUCUCUUUCCUCGCUCCUCCACUUUAAUCGUGAUUUUCAUGAUUAUCUAACUCGUUCUCGUUUCAACUUGCAUAAAAUGUCCCUCAGGUAUCAGUUUGCGAUUAGUUCUCAAGCCCCGACUAUUUGGAACGAUAUUCUCUUGACUGUCCGUGACAGCCUUACCACUAGUAACUUUAAAAAAAACCUAAAACUUCACUUUUUAAGCCUGAAUUGAACUAGCGCAGGAUUCUCAUAGUUUAUUGUUAGUUUAUUUGUCACUAGUUCCUUCUCUGUUAUAGGACUGCAUGCAUGUAAACCUAUUUAAUUUCAGUUUUGUAUCUUGUUUUAGUUUUGUAGUUCAGCCUACAGUCUUCAUUUCUAUACAAAAUAAUUUCUGUCAUUCUGACCACAGGCCGUAUAAUCCCCCGGCUUUGGCUUUACUGAGUUUGUACUAUAUGAGCGAUGGAAUGAUAAAGUUACAGUUAAGUUAAAAAGGCCUCGCGUGUCCUAAUACGUUACGUUUCCAACUCAUCGCGACUAAUCUCGGCCUACAAAACCUACUAUCGAAAUUGCCACUAACGUUUUCUUCUGGUGACUUCAUUACAAUAUAAAUGUUACUCGUCAAUACUAGACCACCGUAUAUUUAAUACUGCAGACGCUUCUUCACUGCAGCCAUUUUGUUAUGCCCAUUGAGUUGCGCAGUGUAAGGGAAUCGGGGAAAGUUUUGCUUGUGCAAUCGGAAAUCGAGGCUUUACAUCCGGAAUACAACUCCAGGAAUUCGGAUCCCGGUAACGCUUGGAAUCAAGUCUGGAAUACAAGUUCCACUGACCGGGAUCCAGUAUCUAAAAUCCGGAAUCCACCGUGUGAAAUGCAGAAUCCAAGACUGUCUUGGAUGUGCUUGGAUGGGGAGACGGAGGGGGGCAGUCCAACUUAACUCCAGCGUUAGGCUGGCAACGACGAGUUGUUUCGAUGCGAAACAAUAUGUUUUGUGUGGAUGGACCCUUAAAAUGCGAACUACGUACUAACAGUAACGAAUGUGGUAUAGUUUUAUUCGUUUUAUAAAUUUUCCUGUAGAACCAGUGACAAGAGGUAACGAAAGAAAAUAUGUCUGAUAAAACAAGACUUGUCGAAG